AUGUCUUCGAAGCUUAGCAUUUUGCUGGUGCUGUUAGCGGUGCUUUGCUGCUAUACACAAUGCGCUUUUGGCAAACGCCAACAACAACAACAACUCGAUGAACAAGACAAAACACAGCAACAGCAACAACAACUGACGGAGAACAACAACGAAGCCGAGAACUACAUUGGUGAGCACUCCAAACUGGAAACGGUGCUUAGGCGAGGCGUACAAAAUCCCGGCAACGAUAAUGAUAAUGACGAUGAGGAGGAUGACGAUGACGUCGAUGGAACACGUCGUCGUCGUCGCCGCCGCGGUAGGCGUGGUGGCAGACGCCGCAAUAGAAGUCGCCGCGGUAGACGCGGCAGGAGGAGGGGACGUCGGGGAGGCAGACGCCGCGGCCGUCGUGGUGGUAGGAGACGCAGAAAUAGAGGCUAA